AUGGCAAUGAAAGCAGAGAAUGAUGACUUACAAAGGACACAGCUUGGUCAUUGUGCUCCUCUCUCAGCCCUCUAUCUUAAAACUAAACUAAUCAGAGAGAUCACAGAUCCAUAUGGGAAAACUCUACUGAAGAAAAGGAAGUCUGACAAGAUGACGUAUCUGGCCAACAUCACACCUCCUAUUUUCAUCCAGCACAUUGACAGCACUUGGGUGGACUUGUCCCGGUUGCCACAUGUGAGCCACACAGGUUCCAGAAAAGGGCCAAAAGUGAAGCACACAACUGGGCCUAAUCUGGGCCAGAAGCUGACCACAAGACAGCGCUUCAGAUUGACGGCAACUGAAGAAACGUUUGAUCUCAAGAUUAUGAACACUGUGGAAGAAGAUACAGGGACAUAUUUCUGUGUGAAAGUAAAGGAGUAUGUUACAGAGUUUGGAUCUGGGAUCCUUCUGCUUUUCCCAGAUGAAAAGUCUGAGAAGCGAAAUCUGACUGAAGUAGAUGUGAAAAGUGGAGAGUCGGUUACACUCCAGUGUUCAGUGGCUCCUCUGAGCUGUUCAGGAGAACACAGUGUGUACUGGAUCAGACACGGAUCAGGAGAAUCUCAUCCAGGAAUCAUUUACACUCAUGGAGACACAGACAGUCCGUGUACGAGGAGCUCUGAGACUGAUUCUCCUACACAGAGCUGUGUCUACAAACUCCCCAAGAGAAACCUCAGCCUCUCUGAUGCUGGAACUUACUACUGUGCUGUGGCUGCAUGUGGACAGAUACUGUUUGGGAAUGGAACUGAACUUAAUGUAAAAGAGGACAAUAUUUGGAUUUUUGCCUUGACAACAACCAAUGUGAUAACUCUUACUGUGACCAUCAUUCUGGCUGUUCUGCUUUUUAAGAACCAACGGAAAGGUUGUUUUACUGACCAUCCAAAUCACACAAAUCAGGUUGCGAACACAGAUGCCUUGAAUUAUGCAGCUCUGAAUUUUGCUAAGAAACCUCCUCCAUCCAGAACAUCCAGAGUCAAGGAACGUCAAGACAUUUACUCACAGGUGAAACUACGAUAG